AUGAAAGAUUUGAUAAAGGAUCCACUCGUUCGAAGUCAUGGCCUACGUUUCAUGAAAGCCAUUGAGACCAUGCUAGAGAUAGAAUUUGAUUCAAAUGGUUGCAUUUUCUUAUUUAGCGCUAUUGGUAACAGACAUUGCAGCUAUGGAAUUGAAGCAGAUUACUUAGAUUAUGUUCCUCAGGCAUUUCGAUUCAUGCUGACUAAGGCCUUAGGCAAUAAUUACACUGAUAAAAUUGCAUCGGUUUGGGAUGAAAUUUUAAGCCAUAUUAUAAAAGCAAUGCAAGAUAAAGUACGAGAAGGGACGAAAUUAAAAGAAGAUAAAGAAGAAGUUGCACGCCGUAUAAGUAGCGCCUAUCUCACCGAUAAAAAAAGAGAGGACUGUAAAAGUACUACCAAUGGCAGUGAGGAUAGUCCGAAUGUGAUGUAA